GUAUGAUGAGAAGUUGGGGAGGCAGACAAUUAUGCGUAAGUCACUCUGAAAACUCAGCCGGCAUUUUCUCCCCUUAGCAGUGAUUAGUGCCCUUGGUUCAGCACUCGCUGUCAGACUACCCCCACAAAAAAUGUCAGAGGAACCAUGGAAAUUGUACUACUAUGAUAAGCAGCUACUCCAGGGAGGACCUGGAAGGGCGGGCUUCGUGCGCCUAAUGUUUGAAGAAGCGGGUGUGCCCUACAUAGAGGAAAAUGAGAGGAUCUAUCAACUGUUUAGGGGUGGCGAAUGGAAAGGCUACCCCACUUUUGCCCCUCCUCUGAUUCAGAGAGAUGAUUUCAGUCUUUCCCAGACGGGGAUUAUCUGCAAGUACCUGGGGAAGAAGUACGGGCUGUAUCCGACGAAUGAAGUAGACGAAUGGCAUGCUGAACAGGUCAACGCAACUAUUCAUGAUUACAUCGGCGAAGGUCGCCUAGCUUUUCAUGGUAAAAACUGGACCGCGUCUUACUUCGCUCAAGUCGAAGAAACUAAACCCUACAUUGAAUUCUUUACGAAGGAGCGUCUUCCAAACUUCUUGCGUCACUUCGAGAACGUUCUGAAAGCCAACAAUGGAGGGCAUGGGUUUUUGUUCGGAAACAACGUAACCUACGUUGACCUUGGUCUGUUGCACGUGCUACGUGCCACAGAAGCGCAGUUCCCAGAAGCCUGGGCUGCCCAGUCCCUCCCUCUCCUGAAAGCCUUCAAACAGCGCAUGGAAGAGAGGCCACGAAUAGCUGCUUACAUCAACUCGGAUAGGUACCUGCCGUUCUCCGGCAACAGCAUGAUGUAAGACAGCAACACUCUGCUCGCGGUUUUUACAAUGUAUUCGAGUUUGUUUUGAAAGGUAGGUAAGAUAUAAAGAACGCCCUUUUUAUAUUUUAUCAUACUGAUUGUGGCGAGCAGGAAAGCAGGAAAGAGCUCACUUUUUUUUAAAAAUGAUAGUUCACUUUGAAGGGUUCAGAGGUUCAAAAACACACACAAAAGCAGGUCAAGUGUGAAGUGUGCUUUCAAAAUUUUACUCGACAAAUUAAAAAGGUCAGAAUUCAUAUGUGAUAUUUGUCGUUGUAUGCAGCAUGCUGAAACCAAUGUGUCCACCAAAUACUAGUUUAGCUUUAUGAAAUAAAGUCAUAUUGCUCAACCAAGAUCGAA